AUUGCGGACACACCAGUACUCCCCCACAAACAUAAAUACUACCAGAGACGUUAUCUCUCAUCCAUUCAUGGCUCCACAUCUCCUCCUUGUCCUGCGCAUCCUGUUCUUCCUCACUGGAGUCUCAGGUACACAGAGUGUGUCCACAGUGAGUCAUGUGUCUGUAAAGCAAGGAGGCUCCAUCACCAUCCCAUGUCUCUAUAAUCAGAGAUAUAGAAACAAUGUGAAAUGCUGGUGUAGGGGAUAUAAUUGGUUUGGUUGCUCUACUGUAGUAUGCACUGACCAUCCUAAGACCAGUGGAAAGACCUCCAUCUCUGAUGACAUCAACCAGCGAGUCUUCACUGUGACCAUGACAAGUCUUAGUCCUAGUGAUACUGAUUAUUACUGGUGUAUUGUGGAGAGGAAGAGCAAGGCAGAUGAUGGGGGUAGACUGCAGAUAUCUGUUACUCCAGGUACUCCAGAACUCUACGUGGACCAACAACAGAUGACUGGAGUUGUAGGAGGGAGUGUCACUGUGCUCUGUUACUAUAGUUCACAAGGAAGCAGUGGGAGGUGGUGCAGGAUGGGAGGCCCUUGUGUGGCUGUGGAACAUUAUGUGGCUUUAGAUGGAACAUGUGUGAAGUUAGUGCAGGAGGAGAGCCGAACCACCAACGGUUAUGUCUUAAUGGUGACUAUGAGUGGAUUGAUGAUGGAGAACACUGGCUGGUACUGGUGCGAAAAGGGAGACCUACAGAUGCCUGUUCAUAUCACUGUCAAUCAACCAACCACAACACAGAGCACCACCACAAACCAGAACAAUGGGGGAACUGAUGAGAUGCAACAAGAGAAGAACCAGAGAUUGGAACGCAUGUUUUUCUACCUGUUGAAAGCUGGAAGUGCACUGCUCUUCCUCCUGUGCACCAUCAUUGCUGUGGUGAAGAUCAGGGAAAACAGACAUCAAGAUGAUACCAAGGAUGCAUUGACACCAGAGAGUUGUUUCUGGAGAAAUUUACCAACAGUUUGCACCAAAUACUUUUCCCCCGAAAGAAACAACAACACACUGAGUGUACAAAACAUUAUGAAUGAGUCACUACAGUAAAUAUAAUAUGUUUCUAAACAUGAAUGUGCAUGCUACCAUGACCACGGAUAAUCCUGAAUGAAUAGUGAAUAAUGAUGGGAGAAAGUUACAGACGCACAAAUACACCCAAGACAAAUACAAUAACAGAGGUUAGCAUUUUUUGGAGGGUGGGAGGGGUGGUACGAUAUUUGUGCAUCUGUAACUUUCUCACUCAUAAUUGUUCACCAUUCAUUCAGGACUUUCCGUAAUCAUGGUAGCAUCCACAUUAAUGAAGUAGUGCUUAGAAAUGUAUUCUAUUCUUAUUUACAAUAAAAGUGACGACAAAAGUGAUGACACAUUACAUUACAACACAACCAUAACAAAAAGCAAAUGCAUCCAACAAGUUUGUAGAGUCACAAACUUGAUGUAAUCAUUGCAUGCUAGGAAUAUGGGACCAAAUACUAAACUUUGGACUACUUUAAUAUAUAUACGUGAAUUUGUCCCAAAACCUUUAGUCCCCUAAAAGGGGGGACUGGGAACAAUCGGUUGUUGUAAUUUGUAAACAGUUCACCCGAUAUGAAAGAAAAUACACUCAAAUUAAAAUUGACAGUCUGCAAUUUAACCUCACAGUAAUUGAGGUUCAAUUGCAGACUGUCAAAAUUCAAAGUGUUGAAGCACAGAGCCAAAAUAACAAAACUGUCUCAAUACUUCUGGAGGUCAUACUUUUGGCCAGGUGAAUCCAGGUGAAUGUUAUGAUCCCUAAUUGAUGUCACUAUUUAAAUCCAAAUAAGUGUAGAUGAAGAGGAGAAGACAGGUUAAAGAAGGAUUUUUAAGCAUUGAGAAAAUCGAGACAUGGAUUGUGUACCAUUACCCUCUACAGGAUCGGUUGCUUUCCCUGUGGGAAGGUUGAGCUAAUGUAGGCUAAUGUGAUUAGCAUGAGGUUACAAGUAACAAGAACAUUUCCCAGGACAUAGACAUAUCUGAUAUUGAAAA